AUGGGUCCUCCUUCCAGCCUUAGGAUUGCUAUCCAGCAGAGCAUACGCCAGAUCCAGCGCCUGGACGACAGCCAGAUCAAGACCCUGUCCCCCGCCGCCCGCUACCUGAUCGCCCCUGGCCUGAGUUUCGUCGCGGGCCUGACUGCCGCGAGCAACUCCGUGCGCGGCUGGCUGGCCCGCAACGGCCUGCGCGGCCCCAUCCCCCUGCCCGUGCCCGUGAUCGGCAUCGGGUCCCUGACCUCCGUGGGCACGGGCAAGACCCCCUUCGUGGAGUUCCUGGCGCGGCACUAUGGCCGGGCCCACGCCACGCCCUCCCUCAUCCUGCAGGCCGGCCCCGGCGCGGCCGACGAGAUCAAGUUCCUGGCCGAGGUGGUCUGCGUCAACUGCCUGGAGCCGCUGGGCAACGGGCGCCUGCGCCCGCGCGGCACGCUGCGCGAGCCCGCACGCGCCGCGCUGCGACGCGCGGACGCCGUCGUCCUGCACCACGCCGACCUGGCGGGGGAGGAGGAGGUGGGGCGCGUGGAGGGCACACUGGCCGCGCUGGCGCCGCGGCACACGCUCUUCAUGCGCACGCGCAUGGCGCCGCUGUCGCUGCGCAGCCUCAUCCCACCCGCCGCCUCCCUGGACAUGAGCGAGGCGGGGGGUUUGGGGGGCCACGUGUCCCUGGCGCGCCUCCACGGCGCCCACGUCGUCUGCCUGGUCGGUGUGGGGCUGCCGGCCUCCGUGGAGGCCCACGUCCGGGGGCUGGGCGCCGCGGCCGUGGAGGGCGCUGGGGACCACCCGGACCACCACGAGUUCGAGCUGGAGGAGGUGCAGGCCGCCAUCGCGCGCGUGCGGGAGCUCCAGGGGACCCCCGGCGUGCGCCACGCCUGCCUGAUCAUGACGGAAAAGGACUACGCGCGGCAGCGGGACCUUUUCGAGGCCAUCUUCUCGCAGCACGCAGCCGCCCCGGACGUGACCAGCGGGCCACUGGAGGAGGGCGCGCCGCGCUGGGGUGCCUACCUCCUCCAGUCCGGGCUGGAGGUGGUGCAGCACGACCGCCGCUUCUCCGGCACCAAGGCCGUGUUCAACGCCGUCCUGCGCCUGGCCAACGACAACUUCCGGCAGUGA